AUGAUUCUAGCCCGGAAAAUAAAAGGAAGCUCUAUUAAAAGUUUUUGGAAUUCUGAAAGUUCCAUUCUUUCAAGAGCUCCUUUAGAGAUUGGUGACUUUGUAGCAAUCACAAAAACAGGAAGAGAAUUUGCUGGAAUUAUCACCAAGUUGCGAAAAGAUCCUGACAGCAAUGGGAAAAACACUAUUUUACUUCAUAAUGGACAUUUUUUAACACAUCGAGAUGAUGAUGUUUUCUUUCAAAUACCUGGUUAUGCUCACACAAAGGAAAGUGUUCUUGCAGCAUUAACUAAAGAUAAAAAAAGAAUCGAUGAAAAUGAAAUUUCAGUUUACAGGACAUCCGAAAGAACUUUAUUCGUCACCAACUUCCCUGAAUCAACAGAUUUGCAUGAAUUAUUUAAAAAGUAUGGUGAGAUUAUUGAAAUUCGUGUACCAAAUAAAGUUGUCAAGAAAAGAAGAUUUGCAUAUGUGGAAUUUAAAGAUCGAGAAUCAGCUCAUUCUGCAUUAGAAUUGAAUGAUUAUGAACUGGUUUCUGGUGAAAAAUUAAUAGUUUUAGUAUCAGAUCCUUCUUUGAAGAAAGCCCGAUCUCCAUCAAGUUCUAAUCGUGAUGUUCUACAAAAAAGCGAGGCAAAUAAAAAAAGCGAUCAGUUAAAAUCGUUCACAGUUACAGUACCUAAACCCAGACCUUUUAAAAAGCCAUCGGCUAAAAUAAUCGCACCUAAAAAAAAUCCACAAUCUUUGUUGAAUAAAGAAGAAGAUAAUAAUUUUAAAGCUGAGGCAACGAUUCAAAUGGAUCAUAAUAAUGACAGCAAUAUUUCUAGUUCUUCAGGCAAUAAAAAGACAAAUGCUGAUUUUAGGAAUAUGUUUUUACAAAGUAAAAAAUAG